CAAAUGCUAAAUUGAAUACAUCCCCCUAACUUUUUCUAAUUCAACGCAGCACAAAAGUCUCCUCUUGUCUCUCUCCCUUCAUCGAUCACCAUGGCAGCAACAUUUCUCGCGAGACGGCUUCUUAGGACUUCAACGUCUUCCUCAUCUGCGCUCAUUUCCGCUUCUAGACCCUUCUCCUCCUUCUCCUCCACCACUCCGAUCAAAGCAACCCUCUUCCCCGGCGACGGGAUCGGUCCCGAGAUCGCCGAAUCCGUCAAACAGGUGUUUACUGCCGCUGACGUGGCAAUUGAAUGGGACGAGCACUAUGUUAGCACCGAAGUGGAUCCGAGAACCAAUAGUUUCUUGACGUGGGAGAGUCUUCAGUCUGUGCUUGAUAACAAGGUUGGCUUGAAAGGACCUAUGGCUACUCCCAUUGGGAAGGGUCACCGUUCCUUGAACCUUACUCUUAGGAAAGAGCUGAAUCUCUAUGCUAAUGUUAGGCCUUGCUACAGCCUCCCUGGGUAUAAGACACGUUAUGAUGACGUUGAUCUUAUUACUAUUCGUGAGAACACUGAAGGAGAGUACAGUGGGCUUGAGCACCAGGUGGUUAAGGGUGUGGUGGAGAGUAUUAAGAUUAUUACACGUAAGGCGAGUAUGAGAGUUGCGGAGUAUGCUUUUCUAUAUGCUAAGACUCACGGAAGGAAGAAAGUUUCUGCUAUUCAUAAAGCCAACAUUAUGCAGAAAACUGAUGGUCUUUUCCUUCAGUGCUGUGAUGAGGUAGCUGAGAAGUAUCCUGAGAUAGAAUACGAGAAGGUUGUUAUUGACAAUUGCUGUAUGAUGCUUGUGAAGAACCCAGCACUUUUUGAUGUCCUGGUGAUGCCAAAUCUCUAUGGAGAUAUUAUAAGCGAUUUGUGUGCUGGACUAGUUGGGGGACUAGGACUGACUCCAAGUUGUAACAUCGGGGAGGAUGGUAUUGCCCUUGCUGAAGCUGUGCACGGCUCUGCACCAGAUAUUGCUGGAAAGAACUUGGCGAACCCGACAGCUUUGCUUCUGAGUGGAGUGAUGAUGUUGCGGCAUCUGAAGCUCAACAAACAAGCAGAGCAAAUUCACAGCGCCAUCAUCAACACAAUAGCGGAGGGAAAGUAUAGAACCGCUGAUCUCGGAGGCACCUCAACCACUACAGAGUUCACAAAAGCCAUAUGUGAUCAUCUCUAACCACCCAUUAUUUCUCUACUUAUUCAUUUCGCCAUUGGGACUUUCCUUUGAGGAUUUACCCUCCAGAUAUUCUUGCUCACGUUUUUUAUCUCUCUCUUUUUGAUCAUCUUUAUAUGAGAAGAAACAAAGCCACCAUUGGCGUUUCUCAUAUUUCUUUUUAUAUUGUUUUACAUUUUGUGCUCUUGCACAGCUGUUUACUUCUGUCUUAAGGGGUAACAUUUCAUUAUACAGGAAGGAUAUACAUGUUUGAAGAAUCCAUUGAAAGGUUGUUGUUAACCCACUCA